GCUGCCCGCGUCCUCCGAGCUCCCGAGCGAGCGGCGGCCCCAGGCGUCGCCGGCUGAGCACGACUCCGGCUCCGCGGGCGCCGCGUCCUUUUUCGCCGCCUGCGGGAUUCGCGGACCGCGGUACAUGCAUGUCCACUGGGGGCAGGUUUAAUUUCGACGAUGGAGGGUCGUACUGCGGAGGCUGGGAGGACGGCAAGGCGCACGGCCAUGGCGUCUGCACCGGCCCCAAGGGCCAAGGCGAAUACACCGGCUCAUGGAGCCACGGCUUCGAGGUGCUGGGCGUCUACACCUGGCCGAGCGGCAACACGUACCAGGGCACCUGGGCGCAGGGCAAGCGCCACGGCAUCGGCCUGGAGAGCAAGGGGAAGUGGGUGUACAAGGGCGAGUGGACACACGGAUUCAAGGGGCGCUAUGGGGUGCGGGAGUGCACGGGCAACGGGGCCAAGUACGAAGGCACUUGGAGCAACGGACUGCAGGACGGCUACGGCACGGAGACCUACUCGGAUGGAGGGACGUACCAGGGCCAGUGGGUUGGCGGCAUGCGCCAGGGCUACGGUGUGCGGCAGAGUGUGCCCUACGGCAUGGCGGCGGUCAUCCGCUCGCCCUUGAGGACGUCCAUCAACUCCCUGCGCAGCGAGCACACCAACGGCUCAGCGCUGCACCCAGAUGCCUCCCCAGCGGGUGCCGGCAGCCCGGCCGUGUCUCGGGGCGGCUUUGUGCUGCUGGCACACAGCGACUCGGAGAUCCUGAAGAGCAAGAAGAAGGGGCUGUUCCGGCGCUCGCUGCUGAGCGGGCUGAAGCUGCGCAAGUCGGAGUCCAAGAGCAGCCUGGCCAGCCAGCGUAGCAAGCAGAGCUCGUUCCGCAGUGAGGCUGGCAUGAGCACCAUCAGCUCCACGGCCAGCGACAUCCACUCCACCAUCAGCCUGGGGGAGGCGGAGGCUGAGCUGGCCGUCAUCGAGGACGACAUCGACGCCACCACCACCGAGACCUACGUGGGCGAGUGGAAGAACGACAAGCGCUCGGGCUUUGGGGUGAGCCAGCGCUCCGACGGGCUCAAGUACGAGGGCGAGUGGGCCUGCAACCGGCGGCAUGGCUACGGCUGCAUGACCUUCCCCGACGGCACCAAGGAGGAGGGCAAGUACAAGCAGAACGUCCUCGUCAGCGGCAAGCGCAAGAACCUCAUCCCACUGCGCGCCAGCAAGAUCCGAGAGAAGGUGGACCGGGCUGUGGAGGCCGCCGAGCGCGCUGCCACAAUCGCCAGGCAGAAGGCCGAGAUUGCGGCCUCCAGGACCUCCCACUCACGGGCCAAGGCUGAGGCAGCCCUCACAGCGGCUCAGAAAGCCCAGGAGGAAGCUCGGAUUGCCCGGAUCACUGCCAAAGAGUUCUCGCCUUCCUUCCAGCACCGGGAAAACGGGCUCGAGUACCAGAGGCCGCAGCACCAAGUUUCCUGCGACGACAUCGAGGUGCUGUCCACCGGGAGCCCCCUGCAGCAGGAGAGCCCGGAGCUGUAUCGCAAGGGCACCACGCCUUCCGACCUGACCCCCGACGACAGCCCCCUGCAGAGCUUCCCCGCAAGCCCUGCAGCUACGCCUCCGCCUCCCACCUCCAGGAACAAGGUGGCCCACUUCUCCCGGCAGGUCUCCAUGGACGAGGAGCGGGGAGGGGACAUCCAGAUGCUAGUGGAGGGCCGGGGAGGGGACUAUGCCCGCAACAGCUGGGGCGAGGAGAAGGCUGGCGGCUCCAGGGGUGUCCGCAGCGGCGCCCUGCGCAGUGGCCACCCAGCUGAGGACUUCCGCACCCGGAGCUCGGGCCACAAGCUGCCCGGGAACCCCAAACCCCGGGAGCGGCGGACGGAGUCUCCCACCGCCUUCUCGUGGACUUGCCACCACCGGGCCAGCAACCCCAGCUCAGGGGGUGCCAAGCUGCCCGAGCCAGACGAGGAGCAGCCCAGCACCUACAAGCUGGAGAUGAAGCCGCUGCUGAGGAUGGACUCGGGCUCACAGGAGGUACACCCCCAGAGGCGGCGCCACAGUCGGGGUGCAGGCGGUGAGCGGCGUGCCCCCGAGGACAGGGGCUUCGGGCUGCAGAGACCCCGGCUCAAGGCCCAGAACAAGGAGAGCCUCAGGCCAGCCUCUGCCGAGCCCACGGUGCAGAAGCUGGGGAGCCUGCGGCUGGGGGACCAGCCCGCGCCCCGGCUGCUGCGCUGGGACCUCACCUUCUCCCCUCCCCAGAAGUCCCUGCCUGUGGCCCUGGAGUCCGAUGAAGAGACGGGGGACGAGCUCAAGUCCAGCACGGGCUCAGCUCCCAUUCUGGUCGUCAUGGUGAUCCUGCUCAACAUUGGAGUUGCCAUUUUGUUUAUUAACUUUUUCAUCUGAGAUGAUUGUCUCGAUUGCGAAAGUAACGGUGUACAGAAGACCGUUAAACACAAAACAACAAAAGGGAAGAUCCUAGCUUGGACAGCCCCACAACUUCCAAGUCUUUUCACAGAAGAACAACAUGAUUGGGUAUUACUCACAGUUUGCCUUUUUUUCUGGGUAAUGUUUUUUGGAUUUUAGCCAAAAUUCUUCGCUUGUAUAACACUAUGCUGUGUGGCAUGGCAGAAGGAGGCCAGCACGCCGACCCUCCAGCUUGAUGUGGGGAGAAGGGAUCCCAGCAGACCAGCAGCAAAAAAGAAAAUGUCACCAUGUUGUCACUGUCCUCACACUUCUGGUCAGGGGUGUAGAAGGCAGUGGCCUUGGGAAAGCGCAGCUAGCCGGGUGAGGGAGCAGCCACAGAAGGGCUGACGUGGAAGGUUGAGCCACUGCUUUUCCUGGCGACACGUCUGGGUGUGAGGCACAGGAAACGGGUCCCAUUGCAACUGGGACAGCCCAGGCCUUUUCUACUUUAAAUCUGUGCUGCAUACUUCAGGGGGGAGAAGGCCAGGCCUCUUCUCCCUAAAACAGACCGACCCCUCCCCUCUCAGCACUGCCCCACGGCCUCGCGAGCCGCCUCCCCACGAGUCUUAAAGCGAAAUCCUUAUUUCUCCGCUGUCCUCCACUAACCCACUGUUUGCCCUGUCCAGCCCCCUCCCCCAGGCCCAGGGAGGCUGUGCUGUGGACAUCCAGGGGCUGCCCCAACCCAGCCGGGCACAUCUGCACAUGGAGGGGCUGGGGCCCUGUGCCAUGGACAGCCUGACACAAGCCUGGGCUCUGAGCAUGUGGCAUUUUUGCACUCAGUAUGCAGGAUGUAUAUUCAGGCUUCUGUGUCCUUGGCACUGACGCCCCACACGGGACGUCACUUCUCGCUGUUACUGACCUCCACAGGUUCUCAUGUCUUUGUACUGUGCCUGCCUCAACUUCCCCUAACAGAUAUGCAUAUCCCUCCAGAUGCCUCAGUGCUGCUCCAGAGCGGGUCUGGUCCUGGGACAGGAACGUCGCUGAAACCCAGUGGCUUGAAACUCCCUGAACUGUUGCAUACCCAGUACCUCCCUGACGUGCAGUCAGACACAAACAGGUCCCUUCUGUUUCUGCCUCCUCUCCCAGGGUCGCCCCACCACCCGACAAGGCAGCCAGGGGUGCAUGGGGCCCGCGGCCCCAGCUCAUGUGCACAGAUGUGCCCGGAGCAGUCCAGGUGCAUCUGUGUGCGGGACCCUGUGCUCCUGCCUGAGGCGGCCCCGGACGUGACUUCCUGUCAGUCUUCUUGGGUACAGCCCGUCUCAUGGACUCUGCCUUGCUUUGCUUAUGUUUAGCUGUUUCUCUGCUACCUUUCGAGCAGAUUUCUUUACUACACUGCACUGGAUUGCUAUAUUUUUAACCAGAAAUAAACUAAAGAUUAGAGCAUGUUCCAGUUACAUUCAGUUUUAUUGUUUUCCGUUAUCCAUUCACUCCGUUCCUUCACGGUUGGCUUAGGGGACAGAAGAGAGCGAGGAAGGCUCAGGAGGUAACUGAGUACAUUUCUGAUAACGUUGCUUUUUCAAGGGAUAUUACAUCUUUUUGUACAUCUUACUUUCCGUUCCUCUUUUUUAAUAACAAGUGGUUGCUACAGACCUGAAGUGAACCAAAUAAAGAUUCCUGCUCUUUGUAGCGCUAAGAACGUCCAUGUGGGAUAUGUGUUUUGUAUGUCUGCAUGAGACUAUACAGACUCCAGGCAUCUGUACACCCCGGCAACGCCGGACACACAAGGGGACCCUCUGCCGCAGGCACACACGUACCAUCACAAGACAUGCACAGCACAGUGCAGGGACACGCGUGUCCCUCAGCAGAAGCACUAGUGGCUACUUGCCCAGUUGGCUCUCAAAGGUGACUGAGCAACACAGCACUGGUCUGCUGCUGGGGACAUCACUGAAUGCCACCUGUGCAGCAUGUGCGUAGGGCACAGCCAUCUCCUCAACACUCCUGGUGAAUUAAUUCGGAGUGGAGCUGCUCAAGACCAAGACACUGCAGGUCUAGGACACCCCGGAAAGCGGCCUCGGACUUCCACACAGGGCACCCUGCUGUAGCCGACAGGCGCUCCUGUGUGUCCAGAGCCUGUCUGCCCUGCGGCUGGAGACGCUGACGAUGUGCGACCGGCCAGCCAUAGACGUGGCGGGAUGGGUGCCUGUGCAGAGCACCUGAGGAGUUUGAAGACCAAAGCAGGGGCAUCAGGAUCUCUUUCUGCCCUCAAAAGCUGCUUCUGUACUCCCGAUGUGAAAACCGGUCACAGAAAGAAACGCUCCUGUCCCCAGAUCCCACCAGGCCCCGAGGGGUGCAGAUCAUCUCACUGCCAGGGCAGCUCUCCCGCCAUGGAGACCUGCUGUGAAAAGGGGGGAGAGGAGGUGUGUGCCCGCCGCUUGGCUGUCCCUUUCCGAAAGUCUGAGGAGGCCCUGAAGCUGAGUGUCCUUGUGCCUGCCGGAGCUUGUCAGUGCAUUCAGUGCUUGAAUAACUUCAGGCAACUGGAAAAUAUUUACCCAUUCUUUUGUAUUCUAAGUUUGUUAGCACAUAGGACUCGAAGAUAUGAUCGGGCAUGUAUCAGAGUCCACAAUAACUGAUGAGGACACAGAAAACCUCAGCAUGGCUACCAAGAUGCAACCGCUGCUGCCCUGACCGCUGAGUGGAGGGAGAGGCUCCGAGACAAGACGUCUGACCAGCUUUCCCCUGGUCAAACCACCUAGUCUUGGAAGCUUCUCCUGAUUGCACGGCGUGAGCAGCACAACGGGCUCUUCCUCACAUGCAUUCAGCACGGGCCUCAGUGAUGUACUGAGCAGGACCACAGCCAGCCCCACCUGACCCUGGCCCCCGAGCCGUGAGGUGACGCCUGGGUGCAGGUGUCCUGGCUCCAACCCUAUGUGCUCCUGUUGGCUGGCAGACAUGCAAAUGAAGGUCGCUGCUGAAGCCCAUGGACAGCACUGAGGAUGCCAAGUAGAUGAACACUUGGGGAAUCCACAAAACCAUUUUUUGGUACUUUGUUUUUUCUGUCCUUUAAAGCCUUCCAAAUAUUUGAGACAGUACCAGGGCCUGUUCCCGCCUGGACCCAUGGCCUGGAGGCUCAGGCUGCCCCCCAAACACUGACAGUGCUGCGACCUAAUGGGAGCUGUACUGGGUCACAGGGCCAGGCCUCUGACUGCUCCGCAGCCUCGCUGCAAUGGCUGCUCGUUCAUUCCCGUGUGCCCUGGACACUGCUUGAAUCACUGGCUGAAGGGGCUGCUUUCUCUUCUACAUUAAGCUCAGUUUCAUUAACUCUCCAUAGGUCUUGUCUUCCAACUUUUCUUGCCGUUGGUCUUAUAAACUCAGCAUAAAGGUGCCUACUAGAAUUAAAAACAUCUGGUUCCACAGCCACAUGACUCCUGAUUUUUCCCACAAUCAACUGACAGGGACAGCUGACAAAAGACUGCAUUCCAUGAUCUGCAAUACACACGGCAACAGUGGUUUUUAUACAGGAUUUCUACUCUCAUCUGGGCCAAGAUCCCCUCCUGCAGAAUAGCAGGACAGCGAGUUCUGGCGGAGGCAGCAAGGCGGGGCUCUGGCUAUCAGCUCAGGGGUCUGCUUAGCUCUGUUCUCUGGUCCAGGCCUAGCUGCCAUGGGCAAUGCAGGCAGUCAGCACAGACUGAGAAAAUAAUCUGUCCCCAAGUGCCAAGAAGCGUUGCUAACUCAGCCUUAAAAGAAGCAAGAAAAAGUACAGUUGCCUUUGUUAAAAUAAAAAGAGCUAAGCUGCAUCUCCCCAGUGUGGCCCUACGCCGAGGGUGCAAACUCAGGAACAAAACAGGGUGUGAAGCAGGAAAAGCAGGCCUGCAGGCCCUGAGCCCCUGGUGGUGGAGCAGCAGGGUGCUGGCACCUGAACCGAUGCAGGCAGGAAACCUAUGUGGUCGCCAGUGUUUGCCAGAACAGGAACCCCAUGAGUGAGAGCACCUCGGAGGAUAGCAGUCUCCAAACUUCAGCCCACGUGCUAGCGCAAACGCUGGCUUUGGAGUUCUUUGCUGUAUGAAAUCCAGAAUUGGAAGGACCUGAGAUACAGGUAGGGCAACAGUUUGUUCCUAUUCUCAGAGAAGCAGGGAGUUCAGUGGGGACUCGGGGGCAGGGCACAGUUUGGGGAACAGCAGAGCACACACAACAGCAGGCAGCAACCUCGUAUACCUACCUCAUCCUGGCCCCUAUCCACACCCCAUCCACUGUUCAAGGUACAAACUCCCCUCUCACUUGGUUGAGUGCCAAGCUGCUGUGUCCUCCAUGUGCAUGUCCACGCCCCAACUACAGGCUCCUCAUCUGAGCCGUGUGGGGCACUGGUGUCUAGCUCUGCCUCCCCUGCUUGAUGACAGCUACAGCCAGCCAGCCUUGGGACGCUUCCUUGGCCCCUAGUGGCUGCGGUGGUGUCCUGCUGUUGGGACAUAGCACUCCAUCUGUCCUGGUGACUGCCCAGUGUGACAGUCAGGCCAGCAUCUGAGCUGCUUCUCACAGCAGCCAGUGCAUGUCUGUCCUUGCCACCCCCCAGGCUGGCUGUGAGACUGCCCUGCCACCUGAAACUACUCAGCUUUCUAUGUAGGGUCCUGUGCAGACAGGCGUUGUCCAUGGUGCUGCAUGCAUCUCACCCACCAGCAAGCUCAUACCCAGGGUUUACUUCCUUUUCUCAUUGUCUUUUUUCUUUCUUUUUUUUUUUUUUUUAAUAAGACAAGCAGGGUCUUACAAUGCAGUUCAGGCUGGUCUUGAACUCACUUUGUGACUCAAGCUGCUCGAACUCAAGUGAUUCUCCAGCCUCAGCCUCCCAAGUGCUGGGAUUAUACCUUGCUUUCAACAUCAUAAUUUUCAAAUGGGAGACAGCUCACCUUCAGCAAAAAACUCCCACCCCCACCCUAGGUUCACAAGGCAGACCCUGGUCAGCAGGGUGGACUGAGCGCCAUGCCCAGGGUGGCUCCUCAGACUAGAGGGAGACAGGGCGUACAGGCACAACGCAACAGUGCAGAACAUAUCCCUCCCUCCGGCCUGAGGCUGAGUGUCCAGGAGCCCCAGCCACCUGGAUGUGGUCAGGUGAGCUCUGGCCUCUGGAGCCUCUGGUCCACGGCCCAUGAGUGGCAUGAGGGCCUAGUGCUGUUGGGUGUCCAUGGGCUGGUGGACCCAACCCUGGUUCGUUCCUCCUCCUCCUCCCUUCUACCAAGUGGAUCCUAACUGCUUUAGCUAGACUCUGUCCAUCUGCACCACUCAUGGUUUCCAAAGAAAUGACACCCUGCAGCCUGAGGGAAACCUCCCAGGGCGUGAAACCAUGGACACUGGCCUAGACACCUCUUAGCGAAUUCUGACCUAACAGCUUUCACCUGCAUCUCCUCUCAGUGAUUUCCCUUGGCGCAUGUAGACCAUUUGCAAAUGCAGUGUGAUUGUGAAGCAAAUGCCAGCUACAUACUGACUGUUCCUAUGGACAAAGUGGCUAAAGUUACUCUGCCUUGUCUUGUUUCAGCUGGAAACGGCUUAAUUGCAAACUGGAAACAAAGUAGCCUUCUCUGAUGAAUGUAACUGUUCAGAUAAAUAUCACUGCUAUGUGUAUCACCAUCCAA